AUGGUCUCCCACAACGAGGCUUUGCUCUCGACACCGGUCUCUCAGGUCCCCAACCCGUAUGAUCCGGACAAAAACAUCAUGGACACUACCCUCUACGUCCUUGGCGAGCCUCUUUACGAGGAGAGCAACUGUCGUGACGACCGACAGUGGCAGGAGCAACGCAACUCCGAGAGGAACAGUUCACAGUCACGUUACGACUACGGCGUCGAGCCUGAGAGCUACGCCUCUCGUCCCAUCAAAGCUGAGAGCCCUACCUCUGUUGCCGAGACUUACUCAUCGAACCAAGCUGGCUAUGAUCAAGCUGAGACCACUGAAUCUACUUACGAUCAAGCUUUGAACCACACUCUCUGGGACCAUCCCUAUCUUCGUGAUCACUAUUCCAACCAAAACCAGCAUGCUUCCGCCGCUCAGGAGUCCUCUGCCGCGCAGGGUUAUCAAGAUCAUCACCAUCAUCAGUAUUAUGACAGCCAGCACCGCCAAAGUCAGCUCCAUGAAAGCCAGCAUUAUCAAGAUCAGCAUUACCCAAUGCAGGAGCAUGUGGAUCAGUAUCCCCAGAACCAGGAGUAUCUGGUCCAUCAGUACCCUGAGUAUCAUCGCGAUUAUGAUCCUUCUCAUGGCCAGUAUCCGUACACUCCUCACCAGCGCGACUAUCACCAGUACGGUGAACAAAACGAGAACCAGCAGUACGACCGCCAGUUCAUCAGUCAGGCGUACAGCCCCUACCCGGCGGUCCUUCAUGGUCAGGCCACGGCUUAUACCCAAGUCCACGCUGCAGUUCCUUCAGAGAACAGUGCUUCUCCUCGCACCCGGGAACUCGCUUCGGUCCCGAUGUCCAACACGCCCGACUUCAACUUUGUCGACAGCAGUAUCCGGCCUGCCGCGGUCUCUUUGUCAGAGCCGCAGGCAUAUGUUUCCCCUUACGGCCAUGUGUCUCCUCGUGGUAAUUAUCAUCCACGCUGCCAGGCAGAUGCACGAGAUCGAGAGUCCCCUGGACCGGAUGCCCCUGGCCCUGGUUCUGAGAGGUCCAGCCCGGUUGCGCCUCAGGUUUCCCCUUCGAUCCCCGUUCCCGCCGUGCAACCGCAAGAACCCUCGUCGGAGAAAGACUUUCAUAAGUCAUGGAGACCUGCUCCCAAGAAUACGACAAAGUGCGAUGUCUGCAAUGGUCGUGCGUUUGCCCAAACUGUACACCAGCGAUGCACCAGGUGUACCGCUGUUAUCUGCAGAACCUGCGUCGAGCAAGGCCACAUAAGACGCUUCAAGUACCAUACACAGAUGGACGUCUUCGACUUUAACUGGGGCAGAAUGCGUCCCUCUUGGCGUAUGGUGAGGCGAAACAAAGCGAAUGCUCGGAGCAACCAAGCUGACGCUGCGGACGACGCCGACCAGCCCACUACCAGCACCUCCUUCCUUCCUUCGUCCGACGUCGCAAAUAAUAUUGCUCCUUCCACCCCUGCCAGGCAGGCCAUACCCGCCAGCUGUUACUACGUCGACCUAUCCGACGAGGAAGACGACCACGACGAACAAGAAGACAUGGGACCUCCCAAGAACUCGCCUUCAUCUGACGGAGCUUCCUCCGACGGCGCUUCUUCCGGCGACCGCGAGUACAAGCCUGCCACCAAUGAAGGCUUCUUUUCCGAGCCAGGCCCCAGUCGCGAACAACCUUCCGAGUCUGCUCUUGGAGAAUCAGAGACAAGUACCACACCGGGCUUCGUCAAGUCCCUUGGAUCAGUAGGCCUUGCCAACUCACGACCCGUCCGCACGUCCUCGCUCAAUACUUACGAAAGAAUGCGCGCGCAGCCGUACCAGCGCUACAUUGGGCAACCGGGCCCAGCUACGGGAGACGAUGCCAUGGCUCCCCAUCGCCACGUCGUUUAUGACUCGAAGAUGGUCACUUACACUCUCUCUCCUCAGAAUAACUACACCGGCCCGCGCGUUAGCUUCGUCAAGGCCGACCACACGAUGCCCUUGCUGGAUCCUCACACUCGCCACGACUCCCUCGAUUGUCAGAAUCAGCGUUCCCGUUUUGCCAACGGCACUUCUCUCUAUCAGAAUCUGAAUGGAUCACCGUCGACCCAGCAAUCAACCUUCGCCAGCAAACAAAAUGCCAAGCUCAAGUUCGAGAAGGACAAGAAGAUGAUGCUCUUCUUCGAUCUGAAUGCAUCUGACAUCCACCGCAGAACCUUCAUCCGAAACCAAAACACUGCGCAAGGUGGAUUUGCCAAGGAGAAGAAUUUGCUCACCGAGGUCACCAACUUCUGGUUCUCUCACAAUUCUGCUCAAGCCUUCCGCGCCACGGACGAAGUUGAGGCAUUUGCUCUUUUGCGUGCACACGUCAACAUUGCUAUCCGUCGGCUCAACAUCGAGUCUCACGAGAAACUCGACCAGUGGCUUGAUACUACCGAGAAGGAUGUUCAGGAGAGAAGUGGCAGGUUCGUUCCUAACGCAAUGAAGCCUCAGGACCCCAAGACGAACGUUCUGCACGAGGACUUGAACUGCUGCGUGACCCCAGAGUACAUCUUGGCCGCAAACGCCCUUCUUUCCAUGCGCUUCUCCUGA